CCAUCGAUGCCAGAAGAAAAUGGCGGUGGAUGUUUGGUCGGAGAUUUCGAGCGCAGGUCUAAUCAGUCCAAGGCUUUCCUUCUCCCGUGACCUCACUCAGACAACAGAGCCGGAAGCCGACGCCGGUCACCGCUCCAGAUCAGAUUGCUGUCUUCUCGACCCCGACUUCGAUUUCUUCAUCGGCGGCGGGAACGAUUUCCGGGGAGAAUUUUCCUCUGCCGAUGAGCUCUUCUCCAACGGUAGGAUCUUGCCUGUAGAAAUCAAGAAACAACCGCAACAGCAAACUCAAACUGCCACCGGGAAAGAAGCGAUUCCCAUUCCUCUGCCUCCGCCUCCUCUGCCACCGGCUCAGCAAACUGGGCAGAAUGAUUCUUCUCCACAGCUUGAGUCGGAGAAGAAGAAGCUGCUGAAGGAGUUCUUGUCCAUGAGUCUCGAGGGAGAGCACGAAGAAGAACAGAGUCAUAACCCGCCGCCGCCCGCGGCGGUGGGAGCGAAAUCUUUCUGGCAGUUCAAAAGAAGCAACAGUGUAAACUGCGACGACAUCAGCUGCCGGAGCAGAGGAGGGCUAAUCCGAUCCCUACAUUUCCUUUCGAGAAGCAACUCAACUGGGUCUGCUCCAAAUCCACCCAAGAAUAAACCCAAGGAGGAAAACCCCUGCCAUUUGCGGAAACAGAGGUCGGUUCCCAACAGGAAAUCGCCAUUGAUGCCCAGCAGCUCUGUACCCUGUUACUAUCCCUACAAUACCGGAGGGCAGCAACAGCAAAAAUCGAAUCUUCCGGCGUUGAGGAAAUGCGGGUCAUACGGCAAUAACGCCGCCGUGAUUAGAAUCACCCCGGUGCUGAACAUCCCGCCACCGGCUUUCAUGUCCAGGGGAACGGUCAACUUUUUGGGGCUGGGUUCUCUGUUCUGUAACGGUAAGGUUAAUAAAAAGAACAAGAAGAAGAGAUAGAUGAUCAAAGUUACCAUCUUUACUCAUUUUCCUUUCUCUUUUGCCAUUCUACAUAUAAAUUUGAUUUUUUUUUCCUCCUUCGAUCUGAUCAUAUGUAUAUAUGAAAUCCUGUCGAAAGUACAGAUGUAUUUGGUUGCCUGUCAAUUUGGUUUCUGGAUCAGCCUUCCCUUCCAUGUGACCUCUUACUACUCUCCACAUUUCUAAUCAAAUUAUUGGAUCUAA